ACUUCAGCACGGUCACACUGUUCGCAGCUACUGUUUAUGUUAUAAUUUAUUUUUGUUGUAUAAAAACCCGAAAAUCAUCUGGAGUUCAAGCCAGCAUAUAAGUUCAGCGACUUAAAAUCAUUCGCUGCCUAUUGCUGCUUCUGUGGUGCAGCAUCCGAGGGUGAAGCACACCACGAAAGCCACGAAGAAAGGGGGCAGCAAGGACAUCACAAAGGAUGGACGCGAGCAGAUACAAGGUCGACGGCGAGAACGACAAUUGCGGGGCGACCUUGGCCGCUGUAAAUCUGAAUGUCCUUCCCGAUGAGAUACUGGAGUUCAUAUUCACCUACCUGCCACCCUACGGCGACUUGGAGCACUGCAGCCUGGUGUGCAAGCGAUGGCACGCCAUUGUGAAGAACCUUGUGCGUCGUUCCAGACACAAUCUCGAGAAGGGCCUCAUCGACUUUCGACUGCGCUGGGAGGUGUUUUCCCAGCAGACAGUCAAUGGCGGGGCAGGAGCACUAUUAUCCUUUAUUGCCGGAAGAUUUGCUCAUUCGGCUGUGCGGCAAGACAACUCCAUGUACGUAUUCGGCGGUGGAUCCUCGUCGGACACCACCUUCAACGAUCUGUGGCGCUUUGAUUUGACGCACAUGCGGUGGGCGCGGCCAGUGGCCACAGGAACCUAUCCCUCGCCCAAGGGCAGUGCAUCAAUGGUGGCGUGGCGGAACCAGCUGAUACUCUUUGGCGGAUGGCGAUACCCCUCGCUACAUCCGCCCUACCAACCAUGGUGCUUAUUUGACGAGCUGCACUACUACGAUCUUGGAAAGAACCGUUGGCUGCUGCGAAGCUCCCUAUCUUCCCCACCACCGAUGGCUGGACACUCGGCCACGGUACAUGGCGAUCGGAUGGUAGUUUUUGGUGGUUACCAGAUCAAAGACGAUUUCAAUGUGAACUCGAACGACACAUGGGUACUGGAUCUGCCGGAGCAGCGCUGGUGGCAGCCGCUCUUUGUGGGCAACACGCGACCCAGUCCGCGAUACGGACAAAUACAGGUGGAGUUGGGAAGGAACCAUCUGCUGAUCGUGGGAGGAUGUGGCGGUGCCAAUCGCGUGUACACUGAUGCCUGGCUGCUGGACAUGACCAGGGAUGUAUGGAGCUGGAAGUCUAUUGCUGUGCGCAACAAGCGCUUUGGAGCCGUCCACAUGUGGUGCAAUCCCGGUUGCAAGGUCAACAACUACCUGGUGGUCGUGGGCCCAUCGCCCAACAUGCCGCAGGACUUCCAAAUGAUGAAGCAAAGCAGAGUCCCCGUCGUUGGAGGCCGUGGACCUCCGCCGCCGAAUCCUCUUCAAAAUGUACCUCCAAGGGGAUACCGGAUACCAGUUCCGGAUCGUCGACUAGGUGGAGGUGGAUUGGGUGGACCUGGCCAAAAUCGCGGAGGAAACAUCCGUCCUGGAGUGGGAGGUGCAGCAGCUGCACUGGGUCCUCAAGAACAGUAUUUGGCUAACCGGAGAGCAAUUCUUAAUCAACACAUGCAGCAAGCGCAGCAAUUCCUGCACAACAGCAAUGUGAACAAUAAUAACAAUAAUUACCAACCGCGCUCGGGAAGAUUGAGUGAUCUGCAUGCCCCGCCAGCUGCGGCUGCAGCUGCUUCUCCUCCAUCCCCGCCAGUGCGACCAAAUGCUCCGCCAUCUCCCGCCGACGGCGAUGUGGAUGCCGCACAGCGUUUGCAAAGAAAUUUAGCUCUAAGGUGUCGUGAUAAUGAACCUAGGCUACCAAAACGUUUCGAUGAGCUCUAUGAGGAUCCCUUUCGAAUGGCCGCCUUCAAUGUGCCCACACGAUCGCGGAGUGCUUCGCGGGAUCACAACGAGCGAAUACGACGCAUGGAGGAGAAGAUGAACGCCAUUCGCAAUUCGCGACGCAGCGCACCGGCGGCCGCCCAAGUGGAACCACAACCGCUGCGCGCACCCUCGCCCAAACGAUUGCGCUGCAAUGUGCAAUCCCUGUUCGUGUGUGACAUCUCCGGCAUUUUGGACAGCAGCGAACCCGCCCUCGAGUGGGUGGAAUACAAAAACUUCGGAGUGCUUAAGGGUGCUCCGGAUCGGCUAAUCCUCUCGAGCCUCAUUGCUGGCAACGGCGAGCUCAUCCUCUUCGGGGGCGUGCACAAGGAGACACUAACGGACAUCACACAUCAUGUGUCCAAUUCCAUACACUUCCUGAGUGUGCCACGUGAUAUUAUCUAAGCUCUGAACCGACGCCCGUCCUAGUCCAACGUUACGCGGAUAGCACUUUGUUGCUGGUAACCCCACUUCCCAAAUCCUUCAAAGUUCGGCGUAAGAGGUUCAUUUAGGCAUUAAAUUGAGUGUAAUGAAGAAUAUGUUUUAUGAUUAUAAACGAUUAUUUACUAGUGGAUCUC